UAUGUUUCGUUUCGCCGUUUUCAUUUUUCAUUGUUUUCGUAUUCGCUCGUAGUUUUGGGAAGUUUAGUUUUCUAUAAUUUAGACUAUUUAAAGCUAGAUUUUAGUGCCGAACGUUUGUUAAUAAUGCUGUCAGUAAAUAGAAUAGUAUUCAGCAAAAACUUUAGCUAUAAGAAUUCCGUGAAACACAGAAACUUUUCCAACAAGAAUCGAAUCAAAGAUGUGAACUACCAAUAUCUCCAACGGAGCAAAGUGCCUACGAUGCAUUUUCAGAAAUCCCUACCGCGCCUCCCUGUGCCUGAACUGGGCAAGACCAGCGAACGCUACCUCAACGCGUUACGGCCUAUAUUGACCUCUCAACAGUAUGAAGAGGCUGUAAAAAGAACCAAUGACUUUAUCAGUAACGAAGGGAAAGUACUCCAAGACAAACUGAUCCUUAAGGACAAGGCCAACAAGCACACCAGUUACAUUUCAGAGUACUGGUUUGAUUUGUAUUUGAGGGACCGUGCCCCGCUGCCUAUCAACUACAAUCCAUUGAUAGUAUUCCAGAAUGAUGAGAGGCCGGAGUACAACAAUCAGUUGCUGCGGGCUGCCAACUUGCUGACCAGUGCCGUGAGGUUCAUGCUCUCACUGAGAGACCGAGUGUUGGAACCUGAGGUGUACCACAUGAACCCUAAGAAAAGUAAUACUCCGAUGUUCAGGACUGUAACAGGGUUGUUGCCAGAAGCUGUAUCUUGGUAUGGUGCAUAUUUAUUCAAAGCAUUCCCGCUAGACAUGAGUCAGUUUGAUGGGCUGUUUGGAGCCACUCGCAUUCCUAAACUGAACAAAGACCUCAUCUUCAGGGAUCCCAACAGUAAACACGUUCUUGUGCAACGGAAGGGACAUUUCUAUGCCUUUGAUGUCUUGGACUCUGAUGGAAACCUGUUAUCACCGACAGAACUACUAGCCAACCUAAAGCACAUUAUGGAUGAUAACAGUCCAGUGUCCGAGCAUCCUUUAGGAGUGUUAACUUGCCAAAACCGGGACGAGUGGGCGAGACAGAGAACACAUUUAGAAGAGACCGGCAAUACAGAGGCGCUAAACAAGAUAGAUUCAGCCAUAUUCAACUUGAUAUUGGAUGAAGAGACAAUCCUUGAUGAUAAACAUUCUAUUUUGAAGCAAUAUUUGCAUGCUGAUGGCACUAAUAGAUGGUUCGACAAGUCGUUCAGCCUCAUAGUAACAAAAGACGGUGUAUCCGGCAUCAACUUCGAGCACUCGUGGGGCGACGGCGUGGCGGUGCUGCGGUUCUUCCAAGAUAUUUAUGCGGAGACCACGAAGAAACCGUUUCUGAACCCUGAGAGUCGGCCCGCUGGGAGUAAUGUUACUGCUAGGAGGCUUGAGUUCAAGCUAGACGACAAGUCGAAGCGCUUCGUGAACAAAGCUCGCUCCGAAUACAAGGAGUGGUGCGAUUCACUAAGCAUCGACUACAUCCUGUACGAGCAGCUCACGAAGGAGGCAUGCAAGAAGUACCAAGUCAGCCCGGACUGCGUCAUGCAGUUGGGUUUUCAAGCGGCCUACCACCUGCUGCGCGGCGGCUACGCGGGCACGUACGAGUCGUGCAGCACCUCCGCGUUCAAGCACGGCCGCACCGAGACCAUGAGGCCCUGCACUGAUAAGACUAAGGCGUUCUGCGACGGUCUCCACAUGAACUCUUCAUCCAAGGACGAGCUGCGAGCGCUCAUGGCGGACUGCUCGGUCUACCACAGCGAGCUGGUCAAGCAGGCUGCUAUGGGGCAAGGUUUCGACCGCCACAUGUUUGCGCUAAAGAAGAUAGCCGAAGAGAACAACCUGCCCGUCCCCGCUCUCUUCGACUCAUAUGAGUACAAGUUCCUCAACAAGUCUAUACUGAGUACGAGUACACUGUCCUCACCGAGCGUGCUGGCUGGAGGGUUUGGCCCAGUAGCUCAAGACGGGUUCGGUAUUGGAUACUCAGCGUUUGCUGACAAGCUGGGCGCCGCAGUCACCAGCUACAAGCAGCAUAACUGUAGCACGCAGUAUGUUGAAGCUCUGCAUAAGUCUUUCGAAGACAUUAGGAAACUACUCUCAGGGUGAAUUACAGGGCACAAUAAUUCAAAAAUAUGGACCUUAAAGCUAUUUUCAUGGAACCUAAAUAGCUUAUUGGUUUAUAGACUUUAUUUUCGUUCUUAAUAUUUAAGAGUUCUACUAUUGUCUGCUUUAUACAAUGCAUACCAAAAUGGGCUUUAAAAUGUAAUUUAUAAGUGUCCUUUUAGAACACUGUGCAGAAAGCUAGAAUUGGUAGAUUUUCCUAUUAAAUAAGUAUAAUUAAUGGUGUAUUUUUAAGGAAAAAGUUGAAUAUUUAUUGCAGUUGUUGUUUAUUCAAGAAACGUCCAUUGAAAAUUAAGUGCCUUACUCAUAAUCGUAACUGAAUGCAUGCAUACUUUUAUAUUGUACACAAAUAUGCAUUUUUAUUUACAAAAUAUAAUCAUAAUAUUUUAUCUGUUUGUAUUUUUACACUGUUAAACAUUUCCGAAAUAUAUUAUUCUUAUACU